AUGUUGAUAACUUCCCGCACCUACUCUGCUUCCCAGAUACCCGACAGUGGAAUGGUUCUAUCGAGUGGUAACAGGCGCCAUAAAUUCAAAUCAUUCUCGGGAUGGCAUGCGGAUCCCACAAGUACCGAACAAGGCGCUCAAAUGCUGUUGAUCCAUCAGGCUGGGAGAGUCCGUGUGGGCGAGGUAGCUAGAUAUACAUUAACUUACACGCCAACGGCAGACACCAUUCUUCCCCCUCCAGAAAAGCUAUUUGUGCGAGUUAAGAAUACGUCAGCGACUCCCUUGCGAGCUGCGUACCUCCACGGUCCAUACACGCUUUAUACCGCUUGUUACCCGUCCACCUUUGAUCCGAAUGCCAAAUACGCUGGCAGCGACACUGAAGGGAUCCCUCAAUUUGAACCAUACCUGAAAGCAGGUGGGAAUUGGGAUGCUGUCAUCGCUGUGCCUGGGCAUCUUUGUCAGACUUCUCAGCAGCCCACCUUGAGUGUCCAAAGGCAGGAAGAUCACGAUCGAAGCGUGACUUGGAUAAUUGAAAUCGUAUCCCAAGUGGUAUUUUCGAGUUCUGCAGCAGUCCAUUUUGAACUCAUAGUUGGCCGCGAUGAGAAGUCGAUCGACCUAUGUUCUUCGAGCGGCGUAUCAGUUAAUGGACUGCCUUCUCCACCUCAGCUUCACGAACACUGGGCUUCGAGAAGAAAGGGUGAAAAGGCUAUCGCUACAAAGGGGGUAUAUUCUAAGUCAAUUGUGUUGACUGUAGAUGAUACGGCUAGUCUUUGGAACUCCCCCCCGUUCCCGUCGUUCCAGAAAAAGGAGGAGAUGGACGAUGGAAAGUCACAUUGCGUGACAGAAAACGUGAAAGCUUCUGCUAUGGACCCAGCUGGGCUCGAUUCGAUGGCUAUACCGGGCAAGAAAAUAAGAAAGAAGAGAGUGCAUCUUGUUGUACUGACUCAUGGGCUGCUAAGCAAUCUUGGGGCAGAUAUGCUUUAUCUGAAAGAAAGUAUUGACAUGGCUGCCAGGAAAGCCAGGAAGGUAAGAGAACAGGCAAAAAAAGAUCGAAUUAGAGGAAAUCAGAAAGCCGGCAUAAACUGCUCUUCAACGAGUUGCGCCAGUGACGACAACAACUAUGACAAUGAUGAUGACGAGCAAGUUAUAGUCAGAGGGUUCCCUGGGAAUGCUGUCCGCACUGAGCGUGGGAUACAAUACCUUGGCAAACGUCUCGCGAAAUACAUCUUACUUAUGACUUAUCCCGACCAGCCAUACUUGCCUUUAAAAAGCGGCAAGAGACAUUUUUCUCAAUCGUUAAGUCGUCGUAAAGCCCAAACAGGGUCGACUACCACCGGCUCCCUUCCCGCCUCUGAGACUCAUGAGAACUUGCUAGAGGAUGAAGGCCAUGCUUACAGAAUCACAAGCAUCAGCUUCAUCGGGCACUCACUCGGUGGUCUUGUCCAGACAUAUGCUAUUGCAUACAUUCAGAAACACUCUCCCCAAUUCUUCGAACUAAUUAGACCCGUUAACUUCAUAGCAUUAGCAACGCCAUUUCUUGGUCUCAGCAACGAGAACCCCCUAUAUAUCCGUUUUGCUUUAGAUUUUGGGCUUGUUGGCCGGUCAGUGGUUGGGGGCCUUGAUUGGGGGAAAGGUGGUGAAUCCCAAAACAAAAAUGGACACUCAGACCCUGGUUCUAAACCUCUAUUGAGGGUUCUACCCAAUGGCCCUGCGCGUGAUGUCCUUCUCAAAUUCCGACACCGUACCAUUUAUUCCAAUGUGGUGAAUGAUGGCAUUGUUCCCCUACGGACAUCCUGCUUGUUCUUCCUCGACUGGAAAGGAUUAGAUCGAGUUGAAAAGGCAAGUAGAGGCAAUGGGCUUGUUGGAACCAUGGCUGAAUGGGGUUGGGCUGAAUUGACUGGAGCAAAUUCAAAAGUCCCCAGGACCGGUCGUCCUACCCUCGAAGAAGGGUUUGAAGACACUUGCGACAAAGGCGAACAUGCCAAGAAAGGGAGUCUUCCGGGCGGGAUACCACUGCGGCCCAAGCGAUCCGUUGAAGAUGUAUCCUCUGGCGCUAAGCCGUUAGCUCCAGCACCUGGACAUUCCCCUGGGGACCCUCAGCAGUCGGAUUGCCGCGCUCUGACGCUGGAGCCUAGCUUAAAGGAGAACUCUUCGCCGUCUCCUUCCAUUGGCCCACUGGACAAUUUCUUAUCGAUAUUUCGACAGAAAGAAGAUAGAAAUCUUCGGAAUAAGCAGGCAAAGAUUUUCAAACGCAGCCAGACUCUAAACACCCUUGGCGACCCUGCCGGGACUUUCCGGUCUGAUCGGUCACAUUGUUCAGUGAUGCCCAGUGACAACUCCGUCUAUGAUGAUGACGGUCUAAAUGCACCUCCAAGGACCACGUUCUUCGAAUCUGCCGGUGAUCUUCUAAUGCCACCCCUACCACCAGCUGAAUUCAUUGCCGACCCCUCUUCUCGACCUCGUACUAUUUUUCAUGACCGUGUCUAUCAUCCGGAGGAUAUUCCGCCUCCAUUACCUUCCAAACGACGGGCCUUCACUUUAGGUUCUUCUCAUAGUAAGGGUGUCAAUGUUAGCCCUGCUUCGCCCUCAAAUUUAUCUCAAACUUCGAAUCAUAGCUGGGAUGAUCCAGAAAGCGGAUUGAGGGUGGAAGAAAAGAUUGCUAGGGCAUAUCAUCGCGAUCUGUCAUGGCGCAAAGUCCUUGUACGCCUGGAACCAGAUGCGCAUAACAAUAUAAUCGUGCGCAGGAUGUUCCCAAAUGCGUACGGGUGGCCGGUAGUGAAGCAUCUCGUUGAUACCCACUUUGGGUACACUGCUAUGGCCGAAUUGGACGAUAUACUGGAGGAAUCCGUAGAAAAAGCAAGACCGCCUAAUAUCGGAGCUACAAGUUCGGGUGAUGAAGUUGAGGGGCAGACGAGCCCUCCCUAG